AUGCAAAAGAAUAAAAAACAUAACAUAGCGUCUAAUACAAAUAAUACUCUUUUAACUAGUAGUAGUAGUAGUAGUGAUAGUGAUUCUGACCACGCCGAUGAAGACAAAUUAGAAGAACAGGAUAUUGAUAAUAAUAAUAAUAAUAAUAAUAACAAUAAUAAUAUAGAAGAAAAUAAACCACCAGAUUUAAAUCAAAGUAGUAAUAGUGAUAGUGAUAGUGAAGAAUUAGAAACAACAUUACAACCACCAACACCACCGCCACCUUAUUCAGAAGUUGAAAAUAAUAUAGAACCACCACCAUUACAAAUUAGUUCAAGUGAAACUGACUCGCCAACACAUUCAUUAGAUAGUAGUGACAAUAAUAGUAUUGUUGGUUCUGAUAUAAAUAAUAAAAGUGAUAAAGAAGAAAAAUCACCAACUCUUGCUAAUAAUAAUAAUAAUAAUAAUAAUAUAGAUAAUAAUAAUAAAGAUAAUAGUCAAGAUAAUAAUAAAGAUAAUAAUAAUCAAGUUAGUAAACCAAUAACAGAGAUUGAAAUGAGUAGUUUUAGAUCAAAUCAAAGUGUUAGUCUUUUACAUGAUAGACAAAAUAAAACAUGGCUUUCAACAAUUAAGAAUCAAUUGAUACCAACAUCAGGUGAUGUUAAUGCAGUAUUUUCAGUGGUAUUGGAUAAUUUGGCAAAUAUAGCAUCAUUGGUUGGUAUUUUACAAGGUGCCUAUGGAAUGCCAAUUGAUCUUGUAACAAAGUAUUUUAUAGCGGGUCCGGCAUUGGCUGUUAUGAUUGGUAGUAUAGCAUUGUCGUGUUAUGCCAUCUAUUUGGAUUAUCAUGAAAAGGAUCCAUCUGUACAUUAUACUGCAAUUCCAGUGGGUUUAGACGCACCAUCAACUAUUGGGUUACCUUUGUUAGUGAUUGGUCCGGCUUAUGCAUUGGCAAUAAAGAAUGGUAGUUCCAUACCGGAUGCUACAAAUAGUGCUUGGUUAGUUGGUUGCACAACCGUGUUUUUAAUUGGCGCAUUCAAGGUGUUACUAACGUUGAUGAGUUUUGCACAGAAGCAAUUCCAUCCAGUGGGCAAAGCCGGCGCAUUGGCAGGCAUAGGUUUGGCAUUGUUAGGCAUGAAUGAAUUGUUAACCGUCGUUGAAGAGCCUGUAGUUGGUUGGGUGUCACUUUGGAUACUUUUGUUGAUACUAAUUCACAGACAGAAUAAACAUGGUGAAACGGUUGGAAUUUCAUUGCCAUUCAAUUUGUCGGGUGUUUUACUCUCUGCUUUGGUGGGUUCCGCAAUCUAUUAUUUCAUGGCAGGUGUACAUAUUUCCGUGGACCCAAUGCCAAGUGGUGUCACUGAUAACUACGAAUUGACCUAUCCACAUCCAUCAAAUAUUUUCAAAUCGUUCGCUGAUGCAAUUAAACAAAAUAUCUCCAUUGCUAUACCAUAUGCCAUCCUUGUGAAUAUCGGGUCAUUGACAAUCACUGAUAGUGCAAAUAAUGUCGGUAAUGCAUACAAUACACGUUGGGUAUUAUUGAUUGAUUCAUUUUCAACAAUCAUUGGUAGUUUCUUUGGAAGUACAGUUCAAACCACACCAUACAUUGGUCAUACAGUUUUCCAUACUAAUUUUAAAGCACGUUCUGGUUAUUCCUUAAUUAGUGGUUUAAUCAUUGGUUUGGGUGGUUUCUUUGGUUAUCUUGGUUUCCUCACUAAAAUCUUACCAAAGCCAGCAAUCAUACCAAUUUUCAUUUUCAUUGCAUUUGAAAUUUGUUCAGACACUUUCCACAAUACUAAAGGUAUUAAACCACAUCAUUGCGCUGCUGUGGUUUGGAGUUUCUUCCCAUCGUUAUUCCAAUUUUGUAAUAUUUACAUUAGUCAAAUCUCACCAGUUUUAUCAAAUUGUAUCACUGAUCCAAAUUCAGUGGCUACUACAUUAGGUUUACAACCAUCUUUAAUUCAAUCACUUGGUAAUAUAAUGAUAAUGGCUCAUGGUUUCAUUUGUACUUCUUUGUUUUGGGGUACUUCUUUAGCUUAUAUUUUGGAUAAUCGUUUGAAGAAAGCUUCAAUAUUUUUAGCAAUAACUGGUGUCUUAACUUUCUUUGGUGUCAUUCAUUCUGUCAAUCCAAAUGGUGAGGUUUAUUUACCUUGGAAUUGUGGUUCAACAAUUCCUUAUCAAUGGACUGCUGCUUACUUUUUAAUUGCUGCUAUCACUUUUGCUUUCUCUUUCAUUAAAGCAAAACCAUUUCAUUCAACUUUAACUGAUGAAAUUGGUGCAAUUCAAGCUAAUGAUAAUUUUUAUUCAAAAUCAUUUUAA